CUCCGCCAUCCGUUAGAGCGGAAGCGCCCCGCCGAUCCCAUCCCCAUCCCGGGAUUGGGACGCGGUCACCAUGUCGAAGCGUCUGCGGAGCAGCCAGGUCUGCGCCGACUGCAGCGGCCAGGAUCCCACGUGGGCGUCUAUUAACAGGGGGAUCCUGAUCUGCGAUGAAUGCUGCAGCGUUCAUCGGAGUCUGGGUCGGCACAUCUCCCAAGUGCGGCAUCUUAAAAACACGCCGUGGCCAGCGACGCUGCUCCAGAUGGUUGAAACGCUGUAUAAUAAUGGUGCUAACUCUAUAUGGGAACAUUCUUUGCUCGACCCAGCCUCUGUUUUGAGCGGAAGGCGAAAAGCCAGUCCACAGGAUAAAGUACAUCCCAAUAAAGCAGAGUUCAUCAGAGCUAAGUACCAGAUGUUAGCAUUUGUUCAUCACUUGCCAUGUCGGGACGACGACAGUGUUACUUCCAAAGACCUGAGUAAGCAACUCCAUUCGAGCGUGCGGACGGGGAAUCUGGAGACGUGCCUGAGAUUGCUGUCUUUAGGAGCUCAAGCUAACUUUUGUCACCCUGAGAAAGGAAACACCCCACUUCACGUGGCUUCUAAAGCGGGGCAGAUUUUGCAGGUGGAGCUGUUGGCAGUCUACGGCGGGGACCCGGGCACCCAGGACUCCAGCGGGAAGACACCCGUCGAUUACGCGAGACAAGGAGGCCAUAAUGAACUGGCAGAGCGCCUUAUAGAAAUACAGUAUGAACUCACUGACAGGCUGGCCUUCUAUCUUUGUGGGAGGAAACCAGAUCACAAGAACGGACAGCACUUUAUCAUUCCUCAGAUGGCAGAUAGCUCCCUGGAUUUGUCAGAACUGGCUAAAGCUGCUAAGAAGAAACUUCAGUCACUAAGUAACCACCUGUUUGAAGAACUCGCCAUGGACGUGUACGAUGAAGUCGACCGGCGGGAAACGGAUGCAGUUUGGCUGACUACCCAGAACCACAGUACCUUGGUAACGGAGACAACGGUGGUUCCCUUCCUUCCGGUAAACCCGGACUACUCGUCCACAAGAAAUCAGGGAAGACAGAAACUAGCCCGGUUCAACGCUCACGAAUUCGCCACCCUGGUCACCGACAUUCUGAGUGACGCCAAGAGGAGACAGCGAGGAAACACCAGCUUAGGCUCUAAAGACAACGUGGAGCUCAUCCUGAAAGCAAUCAAGAGCCAACACAGUAGCGAGAGCCAAGAUAACGACCAGCCCGAUUACGAUAGCGUUGCGUCCGACGAGGAUACGGAUUUAGAUACGACAGCGAGCAAAGCCAACAGACAAAAGAGCCUCGAUUCCGACUUGUCAGAUGGAUCGGUCACCGUGCAAGAAUUUAUGGAGGUGAAAAACGCCCUAGUGGCUUCUGAAGCAAAGAUUCAACAACUAAUGAAGGUGAAUAACAACUUGAAUGAUGAGCUGAGAAUUAUGCAGACAAAGCUUCAAACACUACAGAGCGAAAACACCACCCUCAGGAGACAGGCCACAACCAAUCUAUAUCAGGGGCAGACAGUUUCCGAAUACCCAGACACUUCCAACCAUUCUUCCCUAAAACGACGCCCUUCAGCUCGGAGCAGCCGGCCUAUGUCCAUGUACGAGACGGGCUCAGCUCCCAGCCCUUACCUCCCCAUGGGCGAAGCCGCCUUCCCGGAAGAGAGCAUUACCAGACUGCAGCCCUUCCCGCCUCACAUCGGGAGGAGUGCGCUCGGGACCUCCUCUUCAUCCCUGCCUUCCUUCCCCUCCACGCUUUCCUGGUCCAGGGAUGAAAGCACCCGAAGGGCCUCCAAAUUAGAAAAGCAGAGCAGCCUGCCCGAAAACGAUUACGAUAACACGGCCAACAAUUCAGACCUGGAUGACACAGGGUCAAGCAGGAAGGGGAGACAGAGAAGUGUGAUUUGGCAGGCUGAAGGAGCUAUUCCAGAAGGAGGAGAUACACACGUCGUCCCAAGCCCGCUCCUCCCCAGCACGGAGGAUGUCAUUCGGAAAACCGAGCAGAUCACCAAAAACAUCCAGGAGCUCUUAAGAGCCGCUCAAGAGAACAAGCACGACAGUUACAUCCCGUGCUCGGAGAGGAUUCACGUGGCCGUGACGGAGAUGGCAGCCCUGUUUCCCAAAAAACCCAAGUCGGAAACGGUGAGGGCUUCCCUGCGGCUGCUGACGUCCAGCGCCUACCGGCUCCAGUCCGAGUGCAAGAAGACCCUCCCGGGGGAGUCCGGCCCCCCGGCGGACAUCCAGUUCGCGACCCAGCAAGUGAUCCAGUGUGCCUACGACAUCGCCAAGGCUGCCAAGCAGCUGGUCACCAUCACCACCAAAGAAAACAACAACUGAGGCGCUCGGUCUCUGUAUUUUUUUCCUCCCCCAAAGUCUUUUUAAAGGCCCGGCGACCACGUGAGACGGGCGGUUUUUUUACGACAAAGAAGAGAUUUAGAGGCUGAUUAUAGACUUUUUUUAAAUAAAAGCUCAGUAUUAUUUUUGCAUGUUUUC